CCUUCCCUUACUCUCACUCCCUAGUUCCCUUUAUUCCCCGGCCUCCAUCCUCCAUCUUAGCGGGUCGCAACUCGCAGGCAGAAAUGGCGGACUGGGCACCUGUGGUGGUCGGCGUUCUCCUAUUCGUUCUGCUUUCGCCGGGGCUCCUCUUCGAGCUGCCCGGUAACAACCGAGUGGCAGAAUUCGGCAGCAUGCGAACCAACGGCAAGGCCAUCUUCAUCCACACCCUCAUUUUCUUCGCCAUCUUCUCCGUCAUCAUCGUCGCCUUACACCUUCACAUCUACACAGGAUAGACCUAUGCUUUCAUCCUCGCUUCUAGGGUUAGGUUUUCUUCCUUGCAAUGUUCUGAUCCCCGUUU